AAACCAUUAAACAAAACUCUCUCUCUCUUCUCUCUCUCUCCCACACGCUUUCAUAUCGGAGCAAAUCGGCAAACCAAAAAAGAAAAAAAAAUAGCAAUAAUGAGGAAGGAUGAUCUCUGCAUCACUGUUCCUACGUUCUUCCGAUGUCCUAUAUCUCUCGACGUUAUGAAAUCUCCGGUGAGUCUUUGCACCGGUGUUACCUACGAUCGAGCUAGUAUCCAACGGUGGCUCGACGGCGGCAACAACACUUGUCCCGCGACGAUGCAGAUUCUUCAGAACAAGGAUUUCAUUCCUAACCGGACUCUUCAGCGUUUGAUCGAGAUUUGGUCUGAUUCUGUUCGUCGUCGAGCUUCUGUUGAGUCGGCGGAGUUAGCUGCUCCGACGAGAGAUGAGAUCGCCGAUGCGAUUGAUAGAGUGAAGAUCGAGAAAGAAGAGCGAGACGACCGCGAAGUUUUGUCCAAGAUUGUUCGCUUCGGCAGAGAAUCUGAUGAUAACAGAGGAUUUCUCGCCGGAAAAGAUGAUUUCGUGAGGCUUCUCGUCGAUCUGAUUGACAAGGUCGAUUUCGAAACCACCUCCGCCGCGAAAUCGCUGGUUGUUCAAGAGGCGGUUAAGAUUCUCAGUUUGGUUCGAACCAAAAUCUCAGAUCGGAGACGGUUUUCCAAUCUGAUUUUAAAUAACGGUCGAGAUCGGUUAGCGGUUAUCGUCUUCUUGUUUCGAACCGGGAAUGUCGAAUUGAAGAUUGAUUGCGCCGGUUUACUUGAGUUCAUCGCCGUCGACGCCGAAUCAAAGCUUUUAAUAGCCGAGAGAGAUGGAUUGGUGACGGAGCUAAUGAAAUCGAUUAGUAAAGACUCAGAUUCGAGCUUAAUCGAAUCGAGUUUAUCGUGUUUGAUCGCGAUUAGCUCACCGAAACGCGUGAAACUCAACCUAAUCCGAGAGAAACUCAUCGGAGAUGUGACUAAAUUGUUAUCAGAUCCGACGGCGUCGAGCGUUUCGGUCACCGAGAAAUGUCUGAAGCUUCUCGAGAUUCUGGCAUCUACUAAGGAAGGGAGAUCAGAGAUUUGCGGCGGAGACGGCGAGUGUUUGAAAACGGUAGUUAAAAAGCUGAUGAAAGUGUCGACGGCGGCGACAGAGCACGCCGUGACGGUGCUGUGGAGUGUAUCAUACCUUUUCAAAGAAGAUAAAGCAUUGGAAGCUGUCACGAGUGCUAACGGAGUCACGAAGAUUCUGUUACUGUUACAGAGCAAUUGCUCUCCCGCCGUUAGACGUAUGUUAACGGAUCUUCUAAAAGUGUUCAAGGUGAAUUCAAGAUCUUGCCUUUCGGCUUACGACACCAAAACGACACAUAUCAUGCCGUUUUAAUCAAUUCUUUUUUUUUUUUUUACUCACUUAGGGUUCGUUCUUAGGAUUUGUUUCUUGGAAGAAAAGAAAAAAAGUGAGAAAAAAUUGUAAAACAAAUUGAAAUUUUGAAUACUGAAUAUAAACUAAAAAAAAGAGAAGAAGAUUCAAUUCAUUGUUGUAGUCUAAAUGUUCUGUUAUUACUGUAAAGUAAA